CCGUAAACAAGUGGUCUUAUAGUGGAUCUCCCUUUUUUUUUUUCUUCUGCCUUUUCUCUCUUCUGAGUGGGCAUUGAACACUGAGUAUAAUGAGCGAUAGGCUCCGAAGCUCCCAGCUUUCCUGCUUAUAAGACAGAAAUCGAUGUAUAUAAUGUGAUUGUGCCCGCAUCUACAGGAUUAUCGAUCAGCAGGCACUCUCUCGUGGAUUGGACCCAAAACAGGUCCACACUGUCAUUCGUUAUCAUUCGCCCUCAGUCUCUGCAUCCAUCCUGUUUGUUUCCACAACCCCAUCAGGUACUCUUUCUGGAGCCAGGACCAGUUCCCAAUGGUUCUUCCGUGGCUCCUCAGAGUAGGCUGUUACUUCGGACUUAUAACUUGCGACACUCCCCCAGGUGUUUGGCCUGAAGGUAUCCCAAGUGUGAUCGCUCCUGUGCCUCCCUCACGCACAUCUGGAGUCUCGAGUAGCACUCCCGACAUUACUUCGUCGGCACUGUCGUUUACUUCUUCCCCUACCGUCACGGGGUCUUCGUCCUUCGUUACUAUUUCUACUUCUUCCACUUCCACUCCCAAUUCUCUACCCUCGUUCUCUACCACACUCGUUUCCUCUUCCAGCACUCCUGUGAGUGCGUCCCGCACGAUGUCUCUGUCUUCUUCGAGCAUUAUUCCCUCCGCGACGCCUUCCGCUACGGCGAUUACCUCUGGUAAUAUCGCGGCUAACAUCCUGGUGAUUGCCAAGGAUACCGCUGCUGCUAAUGUGGCCUCGUCAGGCCUCAAUGGCUAUGGCAUCCCUUUCACCACUUUGCUCGUUCCGCAAUCUGGUGUUAGUCUGCCCGAGCUGAACGGUACCGCCGGAGGAAACUUUGGAGGUAUCGUUGUUGCAAGUGGAGUCAGUUAUGACUAUGGUGGCACGAAAGGCUUCCAGAGCGCUCUGACUACUGACCAAUGGAAUCAAUUGUAUGCGUACCAGCUUGAGUAUAGUGUGCGCAUGGUUCAGUACGAUGUGUACCCCGGACCCAACUACGGUGCCUCUGCUGUAGGUGGCGGAUGCUGUGAAACCGGUGUCGAGCAGCUUGUUUCUUUCUCGGACGUAAGUGAUUUCAAAACGGCUGGUCUGAAGACCGGUGCUGGUGUCAGCACUGCAGGUCUUUGGCAUUACCCGGCCACGAUCAACGAUACGGCCACGACAAAGGAAAUUGCUCGCUUCGCUGCCAACGCGAACUAUGGUAGUGAAACCACGGCUGCAGUCAUCAACAACUUCAAUGGCAGGCAGCAGAUGGCUUUCUUCUUGUCCUUCGACACCGUCUGGAGUGCAACCUCCAACUACUUGCAGCACGCAUGGAUCAACUGGCUUACUCGCGGCCUCUAUGCUGGCCACCGCCGCGUGAACCUGAACACCCAGAUUGAUGACAUGUUCCUCGAGACUGAUAUCUACAAGCCCAAUGGAACUACCUUCCGUAUUACCACCGCUGAUAUGAAUGGUAUCUCUAACUGGCUUCCAAAAAUUAACGGCAAGAUGAAUCCUGGCAGUAAUUACUUCGUUGAGGUCGGACACAAUGGUAACGGUAACAUUGAAGCCGCUGCCGGAGUUAAUGGCGAUGUCUGCAACGAAGGCGGCAUUGAGUACGACUCGCCUCCUGAUACACCUAUGGAGUUCAAAAAGCCCUUGGGGACCGGUACUGAUCUCUGGCCUGCGGACGCAAAUGGGUACAACUGGACGACUGACUGCACCAAGCUGGACGACCUUUUCAUUUGGUGGACCAACCCAGUUAACCGGGACAAGUACGGUCACAUCUCUCACACUUUCACUCACGAGGAACAAAACAAUGCUACUUACUCCGAUGUCAGGAAGGAGAUUUCCUACAACCAAGCUUGGUUGAAGCAGAGUGGCUUCUAUGAAGCCAAGUAUUUCACAUCCAACGGUAUUAUUCCUCCCGCCAUUACUGGGCUGCACAAUGGCGAUGCCUUGCGUGCCUGGUAUGAGAACGGCAUCACCAACUGCGUUGGUGAUAACACCCGUGCGCCGCUUCUCAACAAACAGAACGCGAUGUGGCCUUACUUCACCACCUUUGCCUCGGAUGGUUUCGACGGCCUACAGGUGAAUCCCCGAUGGGCUACUCGCAUCUACUACAACUGCGAUACCCCUGACUGCACUGUCCAGGAAUGGAUUGACACAUCGGCCGGCAGUGGCGACUUCAACAGCCUGCUUCAGACGGAGAAAGCAGACACUAUGCGUCAUCUUUUUGGUCUCCAUCGGGACCCUUAUAUGUUCCAUCAGGCCAACCUUCGCAAUGCCGACGUUCAGUCGAUUAAUGUCAACGGUGAAGUUGGCAAGUUCUCGAUCUUCCAAGCUUGGGUGGAGACUCAGGUUCAGGAAUUUGUGCGUCUGGUGGACUGGCCCAUUGUUACCAUCACGCACCAGCAGAUGUCUGCUAACUUCCUCGACCGCUACAACCGCGACAAGUGCAACUACUCUCUGCAGUAUGCGAUUGCCAACAAGCAGAUUACCGGCGUCACAUUGACUGCCAACGGCAACACCUGCAAUGCUCCCAUCCCUGUCAGCUUCCCUGUCGCUCCCACCGACACCAAGGGCUUCAGCACCGAGCAGUAUGGCAGUGACCCGCUCACUGUCUGGGUGAAGCUGGCAGGCUCCCCCGUCACUUUCUCUCUGUCAACUCCCAUUCCCUUGUAAUUGGAUUGAAAUGAUGUGCUUAGGAUGAUUAUGGAUGGGCUUUUUGGAGAUUCCUUCACCAUAAUAUCUAAUGUUAUUAAUGGGAUUUAGUUUAGACAUUUCGUUUACAGAUAGGGGGCGAUGAAUACAUACUGGUACAUACUUGCAUACAAUGAUCCCUGACAUGAACCAUUCCUCGGAAUGAAAAUCCCGUAGAUCCUUAUGAUUUUACGCAGAACAACAACAACCCAAAUAGGGAAUUCAACAAGCAUCUCCAUCCUCCUUGCGAACCAAGAAAAAGCAAAGAAAAAAAUUUGACAAGUCAUACGCACCUUUAAUCCCCCCUCUCUUAUCUCCAGAGGUCAGAGCACAUACUGGUUGAGGUACGACUUCCCCCAAUGCAGUCCAACUC